GGGUCCGUGCGUAAAGUGGGGUGAGGUGUCACAUCUCAACCUCAAACCUCAACCGUCCCCUCCGAUCCUGCAUGCUGCCGGCUUCCUCACUUCUUAAGUGCAGCAAAGGAAGACCCUCUUGACCGCAAUUUCAACUGCGUCGCCCAAGAAAGAUCCCGGCCUUCCCACCUCGAACCAUUACCAACCUCGGGCCGCAUUUCUUCGAUUGCAUCGUUCAAUAUGCCUUCGCUUUUUGACCUACCCCAGGAGCUCCAAGACGAGAUUAUAUCCCUCGUAAUCCAUACUCCAAUUACCCUUCCUCGAAAUAUCAAGCGUUGCAGAAGCUGCGACUACGAAGCUUGGCCAAAUGGACACCACGUCUUCGCGCCCGACGCGAAAGCCGCCUAUCUCCCAAGCGCGCUCCCGCUGCUCCUGACGAUCUCGAAACUCCACAAUGAUACUAUGGGAUGCCUUGAAAGAAAAUGGCCGACUUUGCAGUUGGACGUAGCCAUCAUCGACAAGACUUGGGUCUGGCCGACAUGGCGUUCUAUCCCUCCCAAGUCCGACAUGCCUUUGGAAGCGCUGCAUGUUAAUAUUGUUCUUGCCUGUACCGAGGAUAGCAUGGGGCGCGAGCGGAGAUGGAAUGCGUUGCCCCGAGGCAAGACGCUCUGGGGCGUCAUUCUUCGUUUUCUCGCUGUAGGUCCCAUUGAAGAAGCCGGGCAUGAUGUAAGCCCCGCUAUCAUCGCGGCAUCACGAAAUAAGCGUCACCCGCGCCAUGUCGCGAUCAGCACGCUAUAUCUAGACAUGGACACUUCUAAGUGCCAGACCGGAAACAAGACGCUUUCCGAAGAAGACAUUCCUAUCCGUGCCAUCGACGGAAUGGCCCACCUCACGAACGACCCACUAUACCCCGUGGAUGCAGAGAGCGCGACGAACUACAUGCUCAAAGUCUUGGGCUCCCUCCAUGCGGGGUUGUUGUACGGCUGCGAGAGCGGCUUGGGCCCUUUUGUGGAAAGAGUUGGAAAGGUUGUGGGCCGGAUUGAUGGGCACGUCGUGAAUAGGUUGAACAUAGGAGACUACUUGAUGCCGGGUCCUGAUGGGGACCACACGAGGCCAGGUUUCGCGUGGAAGGCGGAGAGAUCGGCUGUUCGGCGGGAUUAUUUCUGAAGACUUAGAGGGCUUGGUAAGACUACCCAGUUGAGCUUGCCAGCAGCUGAUGGAAUCUAUUUUCAACUGGCAAGGUGUUCUAUCUACUGUCAACCCUUACCUCCUCUUAGUCUUCUUCCCACUUACCUCCGCAGCGAUUCUCAUCCCCAUGCCGUCCCUACUCUCGCUGCCUCGCGAUCUACCGACAAGAUCAUCGACCACGUCCUUCAGACGGCCGUAUAGCCGCUAUAACAUUGCGCCGCGAAACCGCUCGCUUCAUACUCCU